AUGGGCCCGUGGAAAGAGAUCAAAACAAGACCGGCUCUAGACGAGGCAGUAGAAAGGCUCACAGAAAUCACGACGUCGGCCGUGGACAAUCACACUCCAAAUCGACGACCAAGCCCCUACUCCAAACGCUGGUUCACCCCAAACCUGAAAGCCCAACAAACCGAAGUCAACUCCAUCCACAAAGCCCAAGCGUUUCUAGACACAUUCUUCCCCAAGAUGAACGAUCCUGACGAAGACCCACCAGUCCAGGCGCCCCCGGAGCUACCGUGGCCACCGAUCACCGAACUAGAAAUCCAGCGAGCUCUCAAAGCAACAAAAGGCUCUACAGCACCAGGCGAGGACGGUCUACCGGCCCUCGUAUGGAAGCACCUCUGGCAGGCUCUGAAACAGCUCAUCACCAGGAUUUUCACGGUAUCAGUUAAGCUAGGACACCACCCUAGGCGAUGGCGAGUAGCAAAAAUGGUGGUGUUACGGAAACCGGGGAAGCCGGACUACUCGACCCCCGGGGCCUAUCGCCCGAUCUCACUCCUCAACACACUUGGAAAACUUCUUGAGACAGUCAUAGCUCGACGACUGUCGUACCUCGCUGAGAAGCACGGAUUGCUACCCAAUACACAAUUCGGUGGGCGACCGGGCAGGACCACGGAACAAGCCCUACUGGUCCUCGCUAACGCUAUCGACCGAGCUUGGUAUAAAUGCAAAGUAGUGACGCUCAUCGCUUUCGAUCUGAAAGGAGCCUUCAACGGAGUCAACAAAAUCAGUCUUGACGCCCGCCUCCGCGCAAAGGGAAUUCCAGCCGUCGCUAGAAACAUCGGUUUCGACGACUUCCGGACAGAGGCCGCGCCGCUAAUCAAUGCUGGACUUGCGCAGGGCUCGCCACUGUCACCGAUUCUAUUCAUAUUCUUCAACUCCGACCUAGUCGACCAACCGGUCACCUUUCAGGGUGGCGCAUCAGCCUUCAUCAAUGACUACUUCCGCUGGCGAGUUGGCCAGUCGGCUGAUGAAAACUUGGCCAAGAUACAGUCCGAGGAUAUCCCCCGCCUCGAGGCAUGGGCGCGGCGCACAGGGUCCUCCUUUGCAGCCGAAAAGACCGAACUCAUUCACCUUACCAGGAGAAGAAGCGAGCAAUUGCAGGGCCAAGUGGUCAUGAACGGGAAUACAAUCGAACCAUCGGCCAAAGCCAAGUUACUGGGCGUGAUCUUUGACCACGAGUUGCGAUGGAAGGAGCAUGUCCAGCAAGCUAUCAAGCGGGCCACAAAGGUGGCUAUCGCUCUGGCGGGGCUACGACACCUACGCCUAGAACAGAUGCGCUAG